GGUUAUUUUAUAGUGAAACAGAAACUCAGUUAACAACAAUUGAAACAGGAUUGGCAAGAGCAGAUUCCUUAAAUUGAUACGCUGAAAGGAGCGAUACCAAAAGUUAAAUCGUUCUAAUUUCCCCCCGCAUUGGCUUUUAUUGAGGGGGUGGGGGGUGGAAUAAAUCAGUCAGAAUGGAUGUCCUUAAAUGAGAUCGACACAUCGGCAGAAGGACCAGCAGCUACAAGAUCGGCACUUCGCCAUUUACUGAGAGUUCAUUAUUCCUCAGGAUAGAUUCUGGCAACAGAACGUCAACAAUGGCAAAGUAACAUAAGUUGAAACGCUCUUUAAUAAUUUUUGGGCGCUUUGCGGUAGAUUUGGACCUUGCUGUUUUAGCAAAACAGUCUGAAUUAUCGAUCUUUCGAGAGAUGAAUGUGUUCGAUGACCCAGUGAGUUCCAGAGGCAUCGAUAGCUCGUGAAAAUAUCACUUUUGGGAGAUUCUGUGAAAUCAUUCAGGUUGAUCUUAUAAACAAGACUGGGAGAUUAAAGAUCUUUAAACCUGCUCAGUGCCGCUGUUUUCCUCCUUUCGCUUAUGAUCCUGGUUCGUGGAGGCAUCGCUUGCUUUUCAAACAUCCUUAUCCGUAAAAGGGAAAUUUCACUCGACAUCAGGUUCUCAAAAGCCUCAAAAAAAGGAUGGCUACAUACCAUUUUCCAAAAAUUCUUUGUUUUAUUUUGAUUUUUUUCUGCCAGACCAUUAUAGCCAAAGACUCAUUUACAAAUGUGCACUGUAAUAAUUCAGUCACUGGAAUCCAUAACCGCCGCACUGUUUUGGCCUGUGAGUAUGAGUCAUACAGGAAGGAAAAAUGCAAUAGUACCUGGUUCGACAUUUCAGUAAGAUCUAAUGUCGUUGAAAUCCCAUGUACAUCUGAUCAAAAGACAAAUGCUCAGAAUCGAAAAAGAUGUCUUACAGGUUUUAAACAUGCAUCAUUGAUAAUUGAGAAAACGGAAAUUUUGGACAUAGGAAAAUAUCAGAUUUUCCUGGACUGUGGGCCAGAAGGCUAUGCCGUGGCAGAUGUAGAACUUUUGGUUAAAGCUCCAUAUACUGUGCCGCAAUUAACCAAAAGGGACCAAGGCAGUGAGAAAGGUCUUUCUUGUACUACACUUGGAUAUCCCUUGGCAAAACUUCACUGGCAGACUGAAAAUGGAAACAGUGUGACUGCUAAUUCCAGCAUAAUACAAACAGAGGAUAAGCUGUACAACAUCACUACUUAUAUUUCAGUCACUGGAGAACAGUGUUCCACAAACCAUAGUUGCUCUGUAUGCAUUGAAAAUGCAUGCAUAUCUGCAAGUUUGGAGUGUUCUACAACUGAAAAAGUCUAUGGGCCACCAGAACAAAAAAUCAGAGCAUCUUUUGGUGUUACUUCAUCUCUGGGCUUCAUAAUGUUUUUAACACUUAUGUGCUCUCUUACUGGAGGAAUCAAAUACUUCAAGCAUUCUUACAAGCAUGGUCCAAAUCAACAACUAAUUUAAAAGAGGGCACAGGAUGAAGAAGACCUGGAUGCACUGAUUUUCUACAAGCCUAAUCUCAAUAAAAAUAUUGUAUCAAAA